UUUUGGUGCUGUGUCGUGCGGUCACACUGCAUAUUUUGUUGCAUUGCUGCCUUUUUAAUGUUUUUUAGUCUAUUUUUUAUGUAAAAACGCUAGUGUGAAAAUAAAUAUGCGCAUAAAUGUGCAAACAACAGCUUAAAUAACACAUUGAGCUGUGCACUCAAGUUACCCAACAAAAAAAAGAACACAACGCAACUCGCUGCUACGGUUAUGGUGUGAAUAUAUCCUUUUGUCAGUUUGCGCUGCGAAAAUUACUUCGGCGCCCCGGAAAAAAAAGCGACGUGUGUGUUUGGGGCGCGGCGGCCCAAAACGAAAAAGACUCACAGACGGACGGGUCGACAAAGCGACAAAUAAUUAAACAAUUAUUGCCAGCGAGUAAGCAACAAUGGCUGAGAGACCCAAAAAUUUGUUUGCGACUGGACCGAGUCGGUCUCGUGUGCCACCUGAUCAGCUCACGCUGAACAAUCUGAGCAUUCGACAUCCGCCAUCGUCCACGUCGUCAACGUCAUCGGGCUCCACAUCGUCCGGCUCGAGUUCCUCAUCGCAGCAAAAUAAUGUCGCGUUACGUUUUGGCGCCCAGAACAGUUUUGUGCCCGCUGUUCCCAUGCCUAGCAGCAGCAGCAGCAGCCACAACAACAGCACCAGCAACAGCAGCGUCGCCAGCCUCGGCAGCAGUGCAACGGAUCGUCAUCGGGAGCGAAUCAGGCAGCAGGCAUGUGGUAAAUUGCAAUUUGGUGAGGGUGCCAUCAAUACGCAUCAGUUUACGUCGGAUGAUCUGGAGGAUUUGGGUGAGAUUGGACGGGGUGCAUUUGGUGCUGUGAAUAAAAUGAUAUUCAAGAAACUGGACAAAGUGAUGGCUGUGAAGCGUAUACGCUCCACGGUCGAUGAGAAGGAGCAGAAACAAUUGCUGAUGGAUCUCGAGGUGGUGAUGAAGUCGAAUGAAUGCGUUUACAUUGUGCAAUUCUAUGGGGCACUGUUCAAGGAGGGCGACUGCUGGAUAUGCAUGGAGCUAAUGGACACAUCGCUGGACAAGUUCUACAAGUAUAUAUUCGAGAAGAAGCAACGGCAUAUACCCGAAUCCAUAUUGGCGAAGAUUACGGUGGCCACGGUAAAUGCGCUUAACUAUUUGAAGGAGGAGCUCAAGAUCAUCCAUCGCGAUGUGAAGCCGAGCAACAUUCUGUUGCAUAGACGCGGCGAUAUUAAACUGUGUGAUUUUGGCAUCUCUGGCCAAUUGGUUGAUUCAAUAGCCAAGACAAAGGAUGCCGGCUGUAGGCCCUAUAUGGCGCCGGAACGCAUUGAUCCGGAACGGGCCAAGGGCUACGAUGUGCGCAGCGAUGUUUGGUCUUUGGGUAUAACCCUAAUGGAGGUCGCCACUGGCAACUUUCCCUAUCGCAAAUGGGACUCGGUCUUUGAGCAGCUCUGCCAGGUGGUGCAAGGUGAUCCGCCACGCUUGCACACUUCCUACAAUGGCAUGGAGUUCUCCAUUGAGUUUGCUGAAUUUGUCAACACUUGCCUGAUUAAGAAGGAGAGCGAUCGGCCCAAGUAUAGCCUAUUGCUGCAGAUGCCAUUUAUAAGGAGAGGCGAGAAUAGCCACACCGAUGUCGCCGCCUAUGUGGCCGAUGUGCUCGAGUCCAUGGAGAGCGAUGGCAUUACGCAAUUCACAACUAACCAGCCAGCGGAGAGUUAAUCUGAAGCAACUGAAGCAAGUCAUAAAAUAACUAAGCAAAAACAACCCGUAACAACAAAAGCAAACUAAAAUGGAAAAAACUAAAAAAAAAAUAACAAAUUGUUGUCUACUUUGUAGCAUUCGUAGUAAACGUAGCGCGUAUUUUGUUAAAGAAAAAAACAAAAAACAAAAAGCAAAAAAACAGCAAGUAAGCAGACAGACAAAAAAAUUGUAAAGUGCGUAUAUAAUUUUUGUAAUUGUGAAGGAGAAAAAUGUCCCAAAAAGGUUUUUUUGUGUGUAAAAAAUGAUAAAUGAAUGCCUUUUCUUUUAAGUUAGUAUAUUAGCAUUUGAAACGGAUGGCUUUGUUUAAAUAUUGUUAAUAAUAUAUCGGAAGCAAUAUUUGUAACAUUUUAUACGCAAAUUAAAAAAUGGAAAUGUUAACUAAACAGCAUAAAGUAAAUUGUAUGACGAACGCCAAUUAAGUAAUAGCCAUAAACAACAAAUAAAUACACAUUCAACAUGA